AUGACCCGGCAGCGAGCUGAACUUGUUUCGUGGAAGAUGAGGCUGAGGAAGGAGUGGAUGUUUGAUACUCCGGAGCAAUGCCGAGACCGCCGCCGUCGAAGAAUAGAGAUGAGGCGGGCCAAGUGGUCCAGCUCCGGCUACCGCCCACUCCCAGUACGUGGUGCUCAGCACAUCUCAAACGAUCAUGAUCAGACCUGUCUAAUAUUAUCUGACGAGGAGGAUGGAGGGCCAACUGAUCAUGAGGUGGCGGUGCAGCCUGCAGUACCAUCUCCCCGUUAUUUGCUUCAUAGGAACCCAAUGCCGGAAUUCAGGACUAUGUCGUUCAGUCGGCUUCCAGAUCAGAUGGGUAUGGAACUAAACGAUACCGUGUUUGUGAAAGAGGACUUUUGCCGGCUGGAUCAUGUUCUCCAUGGCCAGCCCAUUCAUUUCUUUGCUGUAUAUGACGGUCAUGGACACCCUCAUGUGUCCACCGUUUGCAAACAACGGAUGCACGAAUUCGUAGCCGAGGAGCUGCGGCGCGUCUUCACCACCGUAGGGUGUGCGAAUGGUGAUGAAAACAUGAACUUUGCUUCGCAAGGGCAAGAGGAGGCGAGGUGGCCUGCUCUGGUACCGACGGCCCUAGAAAGGAGUUUCCAGAGGAUGCAUCGACUGGCCCAGGACACUUGCCCGUGUGGGAACAUCGGGCACGCGUGCGGGUGCAAGCCCAAUAUCAACGCACUGCCUGUUGCGGGGUCCACUGCUGUUGUGGCAAUAUUGACAGCUCAGCAUAUUGUGAUUGCCAAUUGUGGUUUCUCACACGCCGUUCUUGGCCGUGCUGGGCGUCCCUUCCCACUCUCCCAUUAUCAUAAGUUGCAGUCUGAGAGGUGGAAUGAGCAAGAAAGGAUGCGUGCAGUCGAUGGUCGGAUGUUCUAUCACAACGGCGUUCGUGUAUAUGGAACUCUCAACAUGAAUCAUUCCCCAAACCCAAUUGAGCACAUUUAUAAACCGGUUGUGACAUUGGAACCUCGUAUUUCCUUAAUAAAAAGAGAAGGGGAUCAAGAUGAGUUCUUGAUUCUAGCCAACGACGGCCUCUGGGAUGUGGUGCCCGAUGACAUGGCUUGCAGGGUAGCUUGUAUGUGUCUUAGAGGAGGCGGAGGUGGUGGCAGCAGCGGCCAUAUGAAUCGAGCUACAGCUCCAAAUACGGGGAACGUGGAGCACUGUCUUUGUCCUCCAAACACAGAUGGCCAUGAGAAUGCGAGGGGUGGUGUGUUUCUAUCGCCAGAAAGCAACCUUGCAGCCACAUUGCUGUGCCGCCUUGCAUUAGCUCGUGGAAGCCAUGGCGAUAUAAGUGUCAUGGUUGUCGAUUUGAAAAGUGGCUAA